GAGCUCGUGUUAGAUAGGUUACACACGUGUGGAUGGUAAAAAGAAAGGGUAUUUCCAUUUCCACCCACACAUUUCCGCUAAAAAACGGCCCAAAAUUUCUACCUUUUUCCACAAAUUCCUUCCCCUCCUCUCCAAUUUUGCUCUGAUUUCGCCAUUCUCAUGGCUUCUCCAUGAUCCUGACGUAAAUCCCACCCUCGCCCUCCUCCUCUACCGCCGUCUGAUCGUUUCCUCUCAACGUCGACGGCGAUGUCUCCCGGAAUCAUUCCCAUCAACGACUUCACCUACUGGCUAUCGGAGCACCCCUCCAUCGUUGGAUUCCGUUGGAGUCAUACCCAUUCAUGGGGUUCCACUUGGUCCUUCCUCUUCUCUUCCAUAGCCUUUUACCUCGCCUUCUCCACGGCCCUCCAUCUCUUCCUCACCCUCCUCCUCCGCCCCGGCCGCUCUGUCCCUCUUGGUCCCAUUCCAGCCAUCCAUUCCCUCUCCAUGGCCCUAAUCUCUACUCUCAUCUCCGCCGGUAUCCUCCUCUCUUCCCUGGCCGAGAUCCGCGACACCCGCUGGUUUUGGCGCCGCUCCAAAACCCCCUUCCAAUGGCUUCUCUGUUUCCCCUUAGGCACUCGUCCUUCAGGGCGCGUCUUCUUCUGGUCUUACAUCUAUUACUUAUCUCGAUUCUUCCAUAUGUUCCGUACCAUUUUCACCAUUCUACUUCGGCGUAGACUCUCCUUCUUCCAGCUUUUUAACCACUCGAUCUCCACGUUUAUGUCCUUCCUGUGGCUUGAAUUUUCUCAAUCCUUUCAGGUUCUGGCGAUUCUGUCGACAUCGGUGGUGUACGCGGUGGUUUACGGUUACAGAUUCUGGACGGCGAUUGGAUUGCGAAGGGCUUGUUUCCCUUUUGUUGUGAAUUGUCAAUUCGUUCUGUUGGGUUGUAAUUUAGCUUGCCAUGUGGGGGUUUUGUUGCUUCAUUUCAUGAAAGGUGGAUGCAACGGAAUUGGGGCUUGGAGUUUCAAUUCUGUACUCAACGGAGCCAUUUUACUGCUUUUCUUGAACUUCUAUCUCAAAAUCCAUCUUGGGGAUACAGAGGAUUCUGUGAAGAUCAUCAAACACCACCACCAUCAACCGGCCUGUUCUGGAAAUUUAAAGAAUCAAUCUCUUGGAAGAAGAAUGUCUGAAUCUGAUAAUUUCAAAGAGAAGUUCCAUUAAUCGAUUGAUUGAUUCUGUUUGUGAGGAAUGGGAAUUGAAAUCCCACUUCAGGUUUUGGAUUUUUCAAAGGAAUUGGUAGGAAAAUUUGAUGAAUGCAUGUAUGGUGAGAAAGAAAGAAAGAAAGAAAGAAAGAAAGAAAGAAAGAAAGAAAGAGAUUUGGUGGUGUGGUGGUGACUCAUGACUGCCCGUUUGGAAGCAGCUAAGAAAAACAAAUUGUGAAAUUUUGGUAUUGUAAAGAGGUAAGUAAAUAUAUUAUGUAUUAUGUAUAUUAUUAUAAAAUUUAUAAGUGUAUGUGUAUAGGGUUGUUCAAUGGCUGAGGAAAAGUGUAAUGUUUAGGAAAACACACCUCAGGAUUUAGGGUUUAAAUGAUGGAGAAACAAUAGAAUGAUUUUAUUUUUUCUAUUAAAAAAAAAUCUUAGAAUCAUAAUAAUAAUAGUAAUAAUAAUAAUAAUAUUGUUUGCAUCAAAGUUUGAAAUUGAAGUGUUACCUUUUGCAGGAAAAAUAAACAAAACUAACAUGGCACUGAAUGUUAUGUACCUAAAAAGGGAGAAAUUAUUAUGAGAUGUGCUUCCUACUUUCUUA